GGGUGCUCAGGUUGGCGAGUGAACGCCCUGCGAUUAUGUCAGAUUGCGUGCAGACCAAACCAGCCCAGCCUUUGAACUUCACCGCUUUUGGCUCUUAUUCACGCGCUUCCUCUCAUUUCCAAGCCAGGUGCUUUGCAAGGCGAGAAAUAUACAAGAAAAAACACCACACUAUACAACUCGUCCACCGCGGAACUUUACUUUAACCUCGGUGGAUUUUCAUGCUUGCUGCUGUUUCCCACUAUCUAGCCAACCUAGGUUUUUGAAAAAGAAAGUGUAGCUGGACUCAGCGAUCCACUUUUUAACUCCGGAGAAAUUAGACUUUGUGGAUUUUUAUUGAUUCAGUUUUCCGACUCCGUCUCAAUCAUUCGAAAACUGGCAUGAUCGGUGUAUGCCAAGACAGGUGAAAAUCGUUUUCCUCUUUUAGUUUUUACUUUUACUUCCUAACUUUAAUUUGGGAUAGAAGUCACAUUCUUAAAAUGUCAAAGCCUGUAGAUCACAUUAAGAGACCCAUGAAUGCAUUCAUGGUCUGGUCCCGCGGCCAGAGGAGGAAAAUGGCACAGGAGAACCCCAAAAUGCAUAACUCCGAAAUCAGCAAAAGACUUGGCGCCGAGUGGAAGCUGCUCUCAGAAUCCGAAAAGCGUCCUUAUAUCGACGAAGCGAAGAGGCUGCGAGCACAGCACAUGAAAGAGCAUCCAGACUAUAAAUACAGACCCAGGCGCAAGCCCAAGAAUUUACUGAAGAAGGACAGGUAUGUUUUUCCUUUGCCUUACCUUGGGGAUACGGAUCACUUGAAAGGACUCCCUAUGUCAGCUUCGGACUCUCUGUUGAGCGCAUCAGAGAAAGCCAGGGCAUUUCUGCCCCCAACGUCAGUACCAUACUCGUUCCUCGACCCGAGUCAGUUCACCUCCAGCGCUAUCCAGAAGAUGACCGAGAUGCCCCACACGUUGACCACCAGUAGUUUGGGUUACGGUUCGUUGGGAUAUCAAAACGGUGCGUUCGGAAGUUUGGGUUGCCCCAGCCAGCACACCCAUACCCAUCCGUCGCCUACAAACCCGGGGUAUGUGGUGCCCUGUAACUGUACGGGGUGGUCGGCGUCAAGUUUACAGCCCCCGGUAGCCUACAUACUUUUUCCAGGUAUGACCAAGAAUGGGAUAGACCCAUAUUCAUCAGCACAUGCCACUGCUAUGUAACGCACUAGACAGACUGAUUAUAAACGUAACUUGAAAACAGCAUUGCAUGUAUAUAUGGACAGAACGGUGCGCCAAAAAGAAAAAUUUAGGUUAUAAAGCCCUUUGGACUAAUGAGCAAAACAGGCGAAAACUUUUCACUAUACCUAAACAAGACCUUGGUUCCUGACCUACGGGACUAAACUGGAACUGGGACUAAAGACCUACGGCAGGUGCCCUGUGAACUGUAAGAAUUGUAAAUGUUAUAACGUUUAUUAAUGGCGACUGGGAAAAGGAGGCCUUUAACUUUAUUUAUUAUGUACAUCUUGAUGCUAUGGUAAUUUUGUUUGAAGUAUUAUUGAUAUGAUGAGGAUGAUAAGCCUAUUUUUAUUAUUAUUAUUAUCUUCAUUUCAAAUUUGGCUUGCACAAUUUACGAUUUAACCUUGUUUCCUGUAUAAUGUAUUGCAUUUUGGCUCUGAAUUUUGCGAUGGUAUGGUAGGGUCAAAAUUAGGGACCUCCGAUUUGAAUAAAUAUACGGGUUAUAGCCUACUGUUUUUAUCUAUCGAACUGGCACAUAACUAGACAGUCUAUAUAAAUUAUCAAAUUAAAAUUCCUCAUAAUUUUGUUUCAUUUUUUUAUAUCCUGUGGUUCAGUACUUAUAGUCACCCGUCUUUUUUUCAGGAAUUGCUUCUUAUUUGAAGUUAUACGAAGUUAAUGUUGUAUUUUUUUCAUCUAAGCUGGUCAUUUAAACCUGUCAUGUUAUGGUAAGGAAAUGUAUCUUUAAGGGUGAUACCUCGGUUCUUUGUUCAUCUGCCGAGCAAAGACAUUUUGAAUAAAGACAAUCUGUCUUGAAAAUAUCCUGUA